AUGAAGAAAGACAUAAUUCGCUCCUCGGAUUUUCUCGUUUUCCCUUUUUAUAAUAAGUUUUUCCUUACUUAUUUUUCGAUUUAUACUACCUCUUACCUCUUCAAAGAUAUCUAUCUAUCUAUCUAUCUAUCUAUCUAUCUAUCUAUCUAUCUAUCUAUCUCAUUCUCUUUAUCUAAUUCUCUUUAUUUAUCUAUCUAUCUAUCUAUCUAUCUAUCUAUCUAUCUAUCACAUUCUCUUUAUUUAUCUAUCUAUCUACCUCAUUCUCUUUAUCUAAUUCUCUUUAUCUAUCUAUUUAUCUAUCUAUCUCAUUCUCUUUAUCUAUCUCAUUCAAUCUAUCUAUCUCAAUCUCUUUGGCUAUCUACCUUAUUCUAUCUAUCUAUCUAUCUAUCUAUCUAUCUAUCUAUCUAUCUAUCUAUCUAUCUAUCACAUUCUCUUUAUCUAUCUAUCUAUCUAUCUAUCUAUCUAUCUAUCUAUCUAUCUAUCUAUCUGUCUAUCUAUUUCAUUCUCUUUAUCUUUCUAAUUCUCUUUAUCUUUCUAAUUCUCUCUCUCUCUCUCUCUAUCUAUCUAUCUAUCUAUCUAUCUCAAUCUCUUUUGCCAUCUAUCUUAUUCUCUCUCUCUCUCUCUAUCUAUCUAUCUAUCACAUUUUAUCUAUCACAUUUAUCUAUCUAUCUAUCUAUCUAUCUAUUUAUCUAUCUAUCACAUUUCUUUUUAUCUAUCUAUCUAUCUAUCUAUCUAUCUAUCUAUCUAUCUAUCUCAUUUUCUUUAUCUAUCCUAAUCUUUUCAUUAUUUAUCUACACGAAUACACACACACAUGCAAAAGAUGGCUUCUUUUCUUUCUUUAACUCGUUCCUCUCUCGAUUUUAUUUCUUUCUUUAA